AUGAAGAAAAGGAAAAUAUUCCUAAGAACAAUUAAACAAACAGAAACAUUAAUUUUCGACAAAAAUAACACCCUCAUAUCAUUAAAUAUUUUUGAUUACCUGCAAGAAUCCCGGAAGGGAACCUCCUGGGAUGAGAAAUAUCCUACAGCAAAAAAGCAGGAGUCUCAUAACUUCCAAUGCGAAGUGGCCGUGAUGAGGGAAUCAAUUAAAAUCGUAGAAGCGGUUGUAAAUGAGAAAUUAGAAAUUCCUAAAAAAUUUAGAUUAUGA